GGUCGACUCCGCACAAGCGUGGGGACUGCCCACGGCGCAAUCUUUCCGGUCUCCUCGUCGAGUCCGCUUCUGUUUAUGAAACGUGGAGGCCAAGCGCCAGAAGUGAUUUCUGAAAGCGGGCUUGAAGAAGUGACUCCCUGAGGACUUAGUGCUAAGUCGCAUCAGUAAAUUGAGGUUUCCUGCUGAGCUGAAUAGAAGCAAUUGUCCCCUGCCCCUUGCCCUGCAUUUUUGAAAAAUGCAAUGCCAUAGUUGAGAUUCUGUUUUGACAUCACUGUAUAUUUUUCUGGGUAUAACACUGAAAACAGUUUAUUUUAGAUUGUAAUAUAUUGCAUGAAAAUUUUUUCUUUGGAAACACAUUUUCCUAAUAACAUAGGGGUGAAGCAGUGUGCAUUACAAAAAAGUCCUGGUCAUAGAGGUAUAUGAUGUGAACAAGCUACCCAUUCUUACUGCUUAUGCUAGGUUUUAUUUUGAACACUUGGAAUUUCCUGCUUUGUCCUGUGGUUCUUCUCUUCAAUUUGCUUGGCUUUCAUUUUACAGUCCAUCUGUAUGUAUUUUUUGUCUGACCAGCAUUUGUAUCUGUUUUUCAAACGAAUUUGUAGCACUUCUCCUUUCUUCACUUCUUGUUUGGUGUUCUCCAUUGCUCUGAUUUCAAGCCCUGUUGUGGAAAACACUUAAAACUCUUUUACCAAGCUUUUUGUUCCCUUGUGUGUAUUUGAUAAUAAUACCUUAUACCUGAAAUGGGGAAUCAUCUUCCUUCCCGUGACUAUUAGAAAUGGAACAGAGCUUCAGUAAAACCAGCCACAUAGACAAAAAAUGGUGAGGGAGGAAGGGAAGUCCAGUGACUUAAUGGUUCCUGGGAGCUACAAUUGUUCCCUCUGUGCCACUUCUGGAAACUUUAGAAAUAUUCUUUAGAUUACUGAUGUUUGUGGAAAAUGUGAGAAUGCAAUGUUUCCUGUAUCUUACUGAGUAGGAUUCUGGAUUUCUGUGUUAUUUCUCUUCUGUCUUUUACUUGGAUAUUUGCAAGUUGCUGCUGCCACCACCUACUUUGUUUAUAUAACAUUUAUUCCACAGCUUUUUUCUAGUCCUAGUCUAGUCAAAUCCAGAAAAAAACAAUUCAAAGCUUCAACAUUUUGGGAGUGUGUGUCAGCUGUAAUUGUGUCUCCCUUAAUAGGUGAAGUUUACUGUAAACUUGGCUGUGCCUUUUAUAGGGUCAGAGUUCAGUGGAGCGCAGGAAAACUUCUCCUGCACCAGGUCUGGCAUGCAUUAAGGAAGAUAAUGCAUCCUAGUAGUCUGAAUAAGAGGAAAUUUUGUUUUGUUCCAAAUCAAUGAUAAUUAGUAUACUUCCAGUGGAGUCCUGUUAUCUGAGAUACUGCAGUUGGUGCUAAACAAAGAAGCCCUGUAGCGUGGUGAUAACUGAUGUUGUGUGUCAGUUCUUGUAAAUAUUCUGAUUUCUCAGUUACCUGUACCUGCCUUGGCAUUGUCUGAGUUCGGUUUUGUGGCACGGCUGUGCUGUGCCUGGUGGUGCAGUGCCAGGUGGCACAGAGUGUUUGUUAUCAAGGGCCUCAGGAACUGGGUGUCAUCAUCUCCUGCUGGAAACAAGGCCCCUUAAUUCUAAGCAUCUUGCCUUUAUCCUCAGAAUCAACAAACAUCAAGAUAAAGGCACAAAAAUGACAGAGUUUUGGCUGAUUUCUGCUCCUGGGGAAAAAACCUGUCAACAGACAUGGGAGAAGCUACAUGCAGCAACUACAAAACAUAACAAUCUUUCUACUAAUUCAAAGUUCAAUAUUCCGGACUUGAAGGUUGGCACACUGGAUGUUUUGGUUGGUUUGUCAGAUGAGCUGGCUAAACUGGAUGCAUUUGUGGAGAGUGUUGUAAAGAAGGUGGCUCAGUAUAUGGCUGAUGUUCUAGAAGACAGUAAAGAUAAAGUUCAGGAGAAUCUUCUGGCUAAUGGAGUUGACUUGGUCACCUAUAUAACAAGGUUCCAAUGGGAUAUGGCCAAAUACCCAAUCAAGCAAUCCUUGAAGAAUAUUUCAGAAAUUAUUGCAAAGGGAGUAAACCAGAUUGACAAUGAUCUAAAAGCAAGAGCCUCGGCAUACAAUAAUCUGAAAGGGAAUCUUCAGAAUUUGGAAAGAAAGAAUGCGGGAAGCUUGCUAACCAGAAGUCUUGCUGAUAUUGUAAAGAAAGAGGACUUUGUACUUGAUUCAGAAUAUUUGGUCACAUUAUUAGUGAUUGUGCCGAAGUUAAAUUACAAUGACUGGGUUAAGCAGUAUGAAACGCUAGCAGAGAUGGUUGUUCCACGUUCCAGCAAUGUACUCUUUGAGGACCAAGACAGCUACCUUUGUAAUGUCACCUUGUUCAGGAAGGCAGUGGAUGACUUCAAGCACAAAGCCAGAGAAUAUAAAUUUAUGGUCCGUGACUUCCAGUACAAUGAAGAAGAGAUGAAAGCCGAUAAAGAAGAAAUGAAUAGACUGUCAACUGACAAGAAGAAACAGUUUGGGCCUCUGGUUCGGUGGCUUAAAGUCAAUUUCAGUGAAGCUUUCAUUGCAUGGAUUCAUGUGAAAGCAUUACGUGUUUUUGUUGAAUCUGUUUUAAGGUAUGGUUUGCCAGUUAACUUCCAGGCAAUGCUGCUUCAGCCUAAUAAGAAAACAAUGAAGAAACUGAGGGAAGUUCUGUAUGACUUAUACAAACACCUUGACAGCAGUGCAGCAGCUAUCAUUGAUGCAACUAUGGAUAUUCCAGGUUUAAACCUCAGCCAACAGGAGUACUACCCAUAUGUGUACUACAAGAUCGAUUGUAAUUUGCUGGAAUUCAAGUAAAAGUUCCCUAACAUGACAAUCUUCUCGGUGUUGGUGUAAACAAACAGAAGUGAGGUUGAAGUAUAGUAAUACUUUAAACAUUCUACUAAUCAUAUGCUUGCUUCUUAUGUUAGGUGACUUGAACACACCGUGGUCCAUCUCUAGACAUUUUCUUUUUAAAGAACAGUGUAGGUAACCAGCUUUUAAUCGACUAUGUCUGUAAAUGUAUAUUGAGAGAAUUUAAGUAUUUAUAAACAGAGUGAUUUAUUUAAGGAAAAGCUUAUCCCUCUUUCAUAUGGUGGUCUGUGUUAAUUCCAUUUACUGUUGUUUAUAAAAAAACUUGUUUACAGAAGACUAGUGUAAAUGUUCAUGGCCAUUUUGUUCAUUUGAUUUAGUAGAUACAACUGUGUUAACAUUGUUGAACUGUGAUGUAAAGUAUGUAAAAUUGGUAUGAAAUUGUGCUUUCUGAAUGGUUUAAAAUUACAAUUGAUGCACUGUAAACACAGGGAAAAUAAACAUACCUGUGCAAAUGUGUCACUUUCUUGUACCACAUAAAAUUGUAGAUACUUGUGUCUAAACUGAA